UACCCCACGGAUCCUUCGCCUGAAACCGAGGGUCCAUCGCCGUGUCCGGCUGGCUCCGUGGCCGAGUGUGACGUCACCGUCGGCCUGGAUAACGGGGAGGCGGCGCUGCUGUUCUCGAGGAGCGACGUCUACGAGUACGCGUGCAAGCAGACCUUCGCCCCCGUCGACCCGCGGGCAAACCUGACCUUCUCCUGCCAACAUUUCCGGCUGAAGUUCAACUGCUUUUUCGAGAGUCUCACGGUUCAUGUGGACGGGAAGGCCUCCGUGUUCUGCAUGGACGACCAAGUGGCGACCUCCGGGGGCGCAACAUCAGCCUCUCGUACGAGCGCAACGUCAUGGGCUUCAACGGCGGCUACGUGUGCGUGGUGUCGUGCCAAGGGCCUCCGCCGCCGCCGCCGUCCGAGGAGCCCGACUGCCCGGCCUGCGGCGUCACGGUUGCCAUGGAGACCAAGAAGAGCGUCAGCGCGGAUCAGAGGAUCGUCGGAGGCGUCAGCACGAAGAAGGGCGACUUCCCCUGGAUGGCUCACCUCAAGAUCACGGCGAGCCACUCCAUAGAGUACAUGUGUGGCGGUUCCCUCGUCACCGACUCACUCAUAAUCUCGGCUGCUCACUGCUUCGAAUACGACGUGCUGUACGUUGAUGUGACGCUGGGGAUGGUCGACACCAAGCUCAUGCUGGCGAGCGACCUGGUGAGGGUGCGGUCGACGGACUUCGCCAUGCACCCCGACUACGACGCCUACAACAUCUACAAUGACAUCGCCGUCAUCAAGCUGCCCAAAGCCGUCACUUUCACGGACGUCAUCAGGCCGAUCUGCUUGCCUGCGACGGCGGCGGCGAUGGAGGGGAGCGUCGCCACAGUUCUGACAGAAGAGAGUGACACGAGUGAAAAAACAAAGAAUCGAUGA